CAGGUUUUGCGCGCCCUGGACCACGUGCAUCGGUCCGAUUUUGUGCACGGCGAUGUGAAACCGGAAAAUCUCUUGUUGAAACUGAACGAAAAUCGGGUGCUGUACGUGGUUUUGGCCGAUUUUGGGAUGACAAGUGCCCACGACCCGGAGCGGGCGAGGAAGAGAGACGGGGAUCAUGGGAAAAAUAAAGCACCUGUGAUCAGUGCUGCAUCAGGUUCAUCAAACGAUGUUCUUCGAGAUCAUGCAGGAGAUGGAGAUCAUGCUGACGCCGUUCCCGCGGCUGACUCUAGUCCAGUCGUGUCGGAGCAACGUGCAGAAACGCCCCGGAUAAGGAGAAGUCCCGCGUCGACAAGCAGCGCAGAAGACCACCCCCAAUCGCUUGUCGGAAGUGGAAGCAGGUCUAAUCCCGUGAAGAAUGCUCCUGUAGGGUUUCGUGGCACGGUGAACUAUUCCUCAAUCGACGUGCUUGGUAUCAAGCCCGCGACAGUGGUCGACGACAUUUUCGGGCUUUUUUACGUCCUGCUUGAGUGCAUUUGGGGCG